GGCUGCCAAGCGGGAAGAUUGUGAGCGAGUUAGCCGCUUGUUUGGCUUCCUGAAGGGGACCGUCAAAGUUAAAUACUUCUGAGCAAAUCCAAGUAGGGCCGGGAGCAGAUCGACGGGCGAGAUGUUCCUCAGCAAGUGCGAGGGGGAGCUGAGCGAGCUGCCGAAGAGCGUGGACAGCGAAGGGACCACGCCGGACAACCUGGACGAGGAGCAGCCCAAGAAGAAGCAUCGCCGGAACCGAACCACCUUCACCACCUACCAGCUACACGAGCUGGAAAGGGCCUUUGAGAAGUCUCACUACCCGGACGUCUACAGCCGCGAGGAACUGGCCAUGAAAGUCAACUUGCCAGAGGUCCGGGUCCAGGUCUGGUUCCAGAAUCGGAGGGCCAAGUGGCGCCGGCAAGAGAAGAUGGAGGCCAACUCCAUGAAGCUCCACGAUGCCCCCAUGCUGUCGUUCAACAGGGCCCCCAUGGCCCCCAACGUGGGGCCCAUCGGCAACUCCCUCCCCUUGGACCCCUGGCUGACCUCGCCCCUCUCCAGCGCCACGGCCGUCCACAGCAUCCCGGGCUUCAUGGGCCCCACACAAGGCCUCCAGCCGGCCUACACAGGGCACUCCUUCCUCAACAGCCCACCCGCCAUGCCCCAGAGCAUGCAGCCCAUGGCCCCCGCCGCCUACCAGUGCGCCACCACCUUUGUGGACAAGUACCCUCUGGAGGACGUGGACCAGCGCAGCUCCAGCAUCGCUUCGCUGCGGAUGAAGGCCAAGGAGCACAUCCAGACCAUUGACAAAACGUGGCAGCCCAUUUGAUGGCGGGGCAGGUGACCCACCGUGCCAAACACUGGCCAGGAAGGGGGGCAGAGGAAGGAAUCGACACCGCCUGGUCUCUCGCCAGGCGACUCUCAGCUUCUUCCAUCGCGGCCACUGACUACGACGUGGCCUCUCAGGCACUGCAGACAGCGUUUCCACUUCAAGCCAGCUGGGUUUACACUGGCUAAUGGCGAUGGUU